UGUUUGUGGGCAGUAAGUUUUUUAAUCAAAGCUGUUUCAGAAAGAAUUAUCAGCAGGCACGCACGAGUUUACGCUUUGUCAUAUCUGUGGUGUUUAUCUGGACAACUCCAGGUGGUGCUAAUAUGGUUUUGUCAGUAAGAAACACUGAAGACAUUUUCUGAAUAUUGGUGCCAAAUGCUGUUGAUUGACCACAAAAGGAACAAUCUUUUGUUAUAGAAUUUACACAACAUUUGUGCAGUUUACGGGCCAGUGUCUGCAGAUGGUUGACGUUCGCUAUUUACGCACGCUGAAACAUCACAUUCUGUUCUUCGUCCAGUCUAAUGGGUUCUUUUUAGGGCUCCGUUCAGUAAAUAUAACCCGCCUCGAUGGUUUGUCAUCCCAUCCCAACAAGUAACAUCAUCCCAUUUUGCUUUUUUCUUGCCCACCGGCUGAGCUGGAUGAGAGGUGUCGGGUUUGGGCUAUAAAAGGAGGGACGCACACAAGAGCAUGACACUCAUCAUCCAGACCAGAGUCUGCAAAGGUUGCCACUUCGGCGUCAAAAAUGACUAUAUGGUGCAACUCCUGCAAACGUUAUGUAAGCGCUCCGUGCACUUCUCAACAUCUGCCUGAGGAUCACCGCCGCUCAUUCUGCAGAAGGUUCAGAUCUACUAAAGGAGCAUCCAAAGCCCGACGGGACCACAUCAAUCAUGAGAUCAGAAAUAUGCGGGCUCUAUUGCCCAUCAUUCAGGAGGACCAGGAGCGUCUCUCCUACCUCCACUCCAUGGCUGCCAUCUGCACCUACAUCAGGAAGUCUGUUCUCUUCCAGGGACUUGAAGCUGGGGAGAGAUUACACUGUUCUCUGCCAUACGAGGCCUUUCUUCAAGCCCUGCACGGCUUCAUCCUGGUCACGACCACCCAUGGGAGGCUGGUCUAUGUGUCCGAAAAUGUAGCUGAAUAUCUUGGUAUUUCCAUGAUAGAUGUACUUCAAGGAGACACUUUCUAUGACAUGGUGGAACACUCUGACAUAGACAUUGUUAAAUCAAACUUGGACACUGAAAACAACUCAUCAUCAGAAAGGAGCUUUAUAUGUUGUAUGCAAACCUCCAAGGCCUUCAAACUGCAGCAUGGCAGCUGCUGCUCCAUGUUAGUCAGAGGAAGCUUCCAGUCCUUCCCUCAGCCCUGUCCGUCCUCCUCUGCAACCAGCGCCACCACAGAGCCUCUGUUUGUGGCCCUCUGCACCCCCACAGUGAACCGCCUGAGAGGCUCUGACUCCAGCAUCUGUCACCGUUUCAACAGCAUCCACAGACUGGAUAUGACCUUCACUCAGCUGUCAGACAGUGUUUUAUAUCUUUUGGGGUAUUCAGCAGAUGAAAUGACUGGUCAGUCAUGGUACAGUCUUGUCCAUCCUGAAGACCUUUCAAUAAGUGCAGAUUCUCAUAGACGUUUAAUGCAGGCAGAUGAGGGCUUCCAGGUAGAGAUGGUACUGAGACUCCAGUGCAAGGAUCUGUCCUGGACCUGGAUUUACAUUCAGGCUAACAAGGACUCUGAGUGUCAGGGCAUCAGCUGCACUAACUACUUCAUCAGUGAAGCAGAGGCCAGAUUUUUACAGGAGAAAAUCAGCAGUGAUGCCUUCAGUCCAUCAUCUCUGGCAAAUUCCCAUCAUUUGGCAGCUCAAGCUCAGGUUCCACACACUCAGAGCUACAACACUAAAUGUUUUAAAAGGCAGAAGGCAUCGAAUAGCCAAAGCGAGGAGCCAGGUUCCAGAGUUAGGAAGGACUCAGAGCAAGACCGAUACUGUGUGGUGUGGGCCUCCUCCCAGAGUGAUAGCUCACCUUUUCCCUUGGGUGACAGCCCCGCUCUCUUCACCCCUCCCUACAGCCCAGCCUCCUCCAGCUCCCCUGUGUGGCAGGAGGAGCUCAGCCAUGACCUCCUGAUGGAUGUGCACAGAUACACAGAUCAGCUGUUGUCCUCCCCUGAGGGCUCUCCUUCCUAUUACUCCUACCCAGAGGCAGGGCUCACCUGUAACCGAUCACCCUCCGAUCCCCUGCCUGCGGCCGCAGAGCACACCUUUGACCAGACAGCUUUUGGUGCGCUCACUGGCCACUCUCCACUCUCCUCCUCAUCUCCAACCUAUGAUUUCCAAGCCUGUACAUCCGAUGCUCGAUUAGUUCCAGACCGCUUGUAUGCAUCCAGCAUGUGUGAGAGCUCGACUGAUUGUGCUCUGCAUGAAGACGAUUUCAGCCCUCUUGAGCAGCCACAAGGGGGCAGCCCCACCCACUUCCAUCAUGUCCCCCACCACGGGUUGUCCAUACAUCCCAGUCUUCUUACGCCCAACCAGUCUCCCACAUCCACAGAGUCUACCGAAUACAAUGAGAGGGAACAGGCAGAGAUCGGUAUUCUGGCUCAGCAGAUCUCCUCUCUGGCCAGCAGCUUUGACAUGUACCGCACCCUGAACCCGCUCCAACCUGCAGCGGCUACCGACACUCUGCCUUCAACCUGCAACUGGCCCCAUCACCCUCCUCCCCCCUUAGUCCUUCCUCUUCAGCGUGAGAUGGUCCUUGAUGACAGCAUGUUCAACAGCAUCCUGAAAGACCUGGACAUGGUCACAAGAAAAAGCAGCAUACCCGGCCCUGCUGUUGUGCCAUGCAGCUAUCAGCAGGGCUUAGUGGGCAGCAGGAGCAGCUCCCAUCAGCAGGAGCAGGAGCCCCUUGUUCUCUCCACAGCCACCUCACAGGAUCCACUGCCAGCGGAGCAGUUGGCUGCCAUGUAUCCUGUCAGUUUACAGUUGGGGCGUCAUGACCAAACCACUGGGUUGCAUCAACUCAACCACUACAUGCAGAGCAGCGUUCAGCAAGAUGGACUUGCUGAAGAAAACCUGUACUGAAAUAAGUCUGUGACUUACUGUGCUACUACUUGUAUGACAUAUUGUCAGGGCACUCUUCCUUCACUGGAUUCAAAGAAGAAUGUGACAUUUUAAAGACACAGAUUCCUCAAAUGACUUUUUAAAUGUAGAAAAGAAUCUAAAGUAGAUUCUCCACAAACCUACUUCUUUGCCUUAAAAGCUCUAGACUUAUAUAAACUACAUUUUACUUGUUUAAGGCUUAUAUUUUAUUUUUUUUAAAAAGGUACUUUAAACAAUCUACCUGACAACACUUACACUGAAAUCGAGGUAUAUUUUUCUUUUAUUGCUGAGUGACCACAGUUUAAUAUUGAGAAUACUGAGCACUUUAUCACUGUAAUUGUCACAAAAUGACAUGCAUGUAGCUGAGAAAAGGCGCAAUUUCAAGGAAUAUUACCAAGAUUUCAAAGCCACGUACUGUAGAUGAGCUUUAACACAAAUAUUCACAUAACCACAUACAAGAGAAUCACAUAAAUCAUAGAGUCACUUUUAAAUACUUUUCAGGUGCCUUAAAACACUUAGGUGAAAAUGCUAUGUUCUUUUUUGUCCUUAAUGUCUUUUUUUUCUCAGUGUGCUGUUAAUGGUUUCAUGCAGUUAUAAGUAAAGAAAACAACCUCAGUCCACUGCAGGUGAGAUAAUGAUUGUUGUAAAUUCAACACCUACCUCAGUGGUUUAUCUAAAUACAUUCCAAUUUAUUUAUUUGGUUUUGAACACACUGACAUAACUAUACUCACUUAAUUAAUGGUACUAAAUGUUGUACUUGACUGAAAUGUGAAUCUUAAACUUAUGUUCAUUUAUUCCAGAUACGUUUUUUCAUGGUACUGGAACUGUAAUGUCUGAAUCUUUAACAUUAAUGUGUUAUUGCUGCAAUUGU